AUGACAAGUGUUUCCACAAAGCUUUCGAGGUUCAGCACCUGCGAUGUCUCAGAUGGCUUACUGAAUAGAAACGGAGAUCCUCAUGGUGGCUUCUUUCCAAAUCUUCAGAAGUGGUCGGGUCGAUCUGAACACUCUGUUGCGGGGAAGGCUUAUACAGUGCUUUUUGCACCGUGCGAUGAUCCGCGGGAAGAAGUAAAUUACAUUGAUUCAGUCCCUCCGGGAAGCUUUAUAGUCGUGGCGUUAACGAUUCCACUACAGUUAGAAUGUGCCCCUUACACUCAGAUAUCUCAAGCGCUUUACGGAGGGCUCAUGUCAACAAGGGCACAGUAUCGGAAAGCCUGUGGGAGCAUCAUUUUUGGACGCAUAAGAGAUUUGGAAGAGCACAGGGCUUUAGGCUUCCCUGUAUUUAGCUAUGGACUAGGAAGUUGUGCUGCUAGAAUGGCCGUAAAGCCUGUUGGAGUCAACGUUCCCCUACAGAUCCUGUCUCACCGUGACGAAUUUCGAACUAUAAAUCCUGGUGACUAUAUUGUCGGCGACUGUCAUGGAAUAGUCCGAAUUCCAGCAGCAGAGGAUUCCGAAGAGUUGGUAAAGUAUAUUGAAAAAUCCGUCGAGGUUGAUCAAUAUAUUGCUGACGAUGUUAAAAAUGGAAAGCCACUUAAACCAUCACAGAAGGAAAGAAGAGCUGUGCUGAAGAACUUAACUCGUUAA